AUGGCAACCAAUGGUACCUUCAAUCAACAAGAUCAAUACAAGACAACCGCCACCGAACAGUACCCAGCUACUUCAGGUGCCACUGGCUCUUCAAGCGGAGGUGCUUCUGGUGGAGAUCUCUCCAAGGAUGAGGUUGGAUGGUACUUUGUUGAGCAGUAUUACACUACUCUAAGCAAGUCUCCAGAAAAGCUCCACCUCUUCUAUGGAAAGAAAUCUCAAUUCGUUUCUGGUCUUGAGGGAGCUCAAGCUCCAGUAUCCGUCGGCCGAGCUGGUAUCCAAGAACGUAUCCGCGACCUCGAUUUCCAAGACUGCAAAGUUCGUGUCACCAAUGUCGAUUCCCAAUCUUCCUUUGACAACAUUGUCAUCCAAGUUAUUGGUGAAACAUCCAACAAGUCUGCCGAGCCCAAGAAAUUCGUCCAAACCUUUGUUUUAGCUCAACAGCCUACCGGAUAUUUCGUUCUCAACGACGUUUUCAGAUACAUCAAUGAGGAGGUUGAAGAAGAGCAAGUUGAAGCUGCUGAGGUCAAGGAGGAGUCUGCGCCCGCGCAAAUAGUCGAUGAUGUUGAAAUGCCUGCUGCACCGGCUGCUGUCGAGGAGUCCGCAGCUCCAGAAACUACUUUGGACGCUGAUGUGGUUGACAAGAAGUUGGAAGAGACCAUCGAGACCGAGCCUGCUACCGUCGAACCAACUACAAAUGGAGAGUCAGCUGAAGCUACUACUACAGAAGUUGAGGAAAAGCCAGAAGAGCCAAAGGUUGAGGAGAAAGUUCCUACACCAGAGGAAAUUGAGAAGGCUGUUGACGAGGAAGUGAAGGAACCAGAAAAGCCAAAGGACCCAGUUCCAACUCCAGAACUCUCUAGACAACCUUCUGCCACCAAACCCGCUCCAAUCCAGCCAGCUACCCCAGCUAAGCCAUUGAGUUGGGCAGCUCGCAUUGCAGCUUCAGCUGGCUCAGCACCAAAACCUGCUGUUCCAGUUGUGCAACCAAAGGCUGCCGCUCCAGCUGCACAAAAACCCGCUGCCACUCAACCAGCUAAGCAACCAACUACCCCUGCAACCACCGCUGCUACUCCAGCAGCUGAGAAGAAGGAAAACUCACCAACAGGCUCUGCUGGAUGGCAAACUGCUGGAGGUGAUGCCAAGCGACAAAACAGACCACAAUCAAUCUCCCAACAGCCAACAGAAGAUAAGGGAACUUUGGGAUAUGUUCGUAAUGUCAACGCUUCAGUCAAGGAUGAAGAAUUGCGCUCAGUUUUGAGCUCUUUUGGCGAGUUGGUCUACUUUGACAUCAACCGUGCUAAGAACUGCGCUUUUGUCGAAUAUGCCAAUGCCGCUGGUUACCAAGCAGCAGCUCAGGCCAAUCCUCAUAAGAUUGGUGAAGAAACCAUCUAUGUUGAGCCACGCCGACCAAAGUCUACUGCAUACGGUGGUAAUGGUUACUCUGGUGCUGCACGUGGUGGAAUGAACCAACGUCCCCGUGGUGGAUUCGAACAAGGUCGUCCUGGCAAUCAACCUGGCCGUGGUAACUUUGGAGCAAACCGUGGACGUGGAGGUGCCAAUGGACCAAGAGGAGGUCGUAGUGGUGCCGGUCAAACAGCUUAA